CUCAACUCCUUCGAUCAUUACCAACUGCAUCAAGUGCACCCUGGCAACGAUAAGUUGGGUAAAAAUCGGUUUUAAUGUUUUAUUCUAAUUAUUCUAUCGUAUAAAUUCAGCAUGCUAGAUCAAGUUGUCGCGCCAAAUCACACCAUUUAUAUCAAUAAUCUUAAUGAGAAAAUUAAAAAAGAUGAGUUGAAGAGAUCUCUAACUGCAGUAUUUUCUCAAUUUGGCAAAAUUCUUGAUAUUGUUGCUAUGCAAACUUUAAAAAUGCGGGGACAAGCCUUUGUGGUGUUCGAUGAUAUAAAAAGCGCGACUGCUGCUCUUACUACGAUGCAAUCCUUUCCGUUUUAUGACAAGCCAAUGAGAAUACAGUAUGCGAAAACGGAUUCUGAUGUUAUAGCUAAAAGGAAAGGAACUUAUAUUGAACGUGUUAAGGAACCACGACCAGAGCCUGGUGAGAAGAAAAGGCAUCGCGGAGAUCUUAAAGAAAUCAAAAGGAAAAAAGCAAAAGAAAUGCAGAUGCAAUUACUGCAGCCUCUGUUACCUGGUAUUCCUGCCGGGGCAAUGGUCCCAACUCUAAUCCCAACAUUAUUUAGUGGUCACCAAAGCAUUCCUCUUCAAACCAUGCCACAAGCUCAAACUGCAGCUAUGACAGCAGGAACUACGACUACUACGUCUACAUCUGUAGUAUCAGAUCAACCACCUAACCAGAUUUUGUUUGUGACAAAUGUACCUAAAGAGGCAACUGAUGCUAUGCUAACUAUUCUUUUCAGUCAAUUUCCUGGCUUUAAAGAAGUGCGAUUGGCACCUGGGAGGCAUGAUAUUGCCUUUGUGGAGUUUGAAAAUGAGAUUCUUGCUUCCACUGCCAAAGACUCGUUACAGGGUUUCAAACUUACUCCUACUAAUCCCAUUAAUAUCACUUUCGCCAAUAAGUAAUAGAUUUUUUAUGUGUACAUAUUCAUAAUAUGUGACCAACGAAAUCACUUCCAUUAUCAUAUUAAAUAAAAUAAUGCUUAUACAA